AUGAAAGACGGCAACACGAGAAUGUUUUAUUCUUUUAAAGUAGAAGAAGACAAAAUGAAGCAUAGAGCGCGGCGUGUAUGUUUACCCGCGGCGUCUAGUAACGUCAUAGGUGCCAGGUCUAUGUGAGUAGUUUACUUGCCAGUCAUACACUGAGGUAAGUGUAGGCAACAGGUGUCGCCAAAUGUGUUGUGCGAGGCAGGUUUGGUUGGACGACGUAGUCCAACGUUAUCGUCUGCUCUACCUUGUAACGAUAUAGUGUUAGAGGCGAGUGUGGUGGUAGUUAGGUAGUGGCAAGUCUACCAGUUGCCAUAGUGAGAAGAGGUACACAGCGGCCCGGCCACCACAACCACCACCUCCCCGGCCACCACCACCACCAGCCACAGUCAACCUCACCACAGUGUGGAGACCGUCGUGAGCGCUCCUCACCUGUGCUGCCUCUCCUGGUCCAAGAUCGUCAGUAAACACCUAACAGGAGCCGCACAACCGCCAUCAUGGCGCCGCCCAGGAUGAAGAAGAUGGCGGCCAUGUUCAGCGGGCCCGGGGACAAGAAGAACAUGGGCAAGCACGUCGCCAGGGUCCUCUUCUCCAACGUGGGUCUCUUCUUCCUCGUUGCCAUCUACGCAGCUGGAGGAGCGUACAUCUACAUGCUGCUGGAGAGAGACAACGAGGCCAAGCUGAAGGAGAUCAAGAGGCUGACAGUGUUGGACGCUGAGGACUCCAAGAAGUACAUCAUCUCGCUCCUCUGGUACCAAAACUCCCAGAACCUCUCCAAGAACGACUUCAACAAGAUGUGUUUCAACUGUUGUAGCUCCUCCCGUCGGGAGUCCAACUCUGUCCUCAGAGCACCACAUAGAUUCAUCAGUUCCUUCACUACACCUUCCAUUGUUACUACGAUAACACACUCGGAGUUCCAGGUGACGGCCAACCUGCAGGCCUUCAACGACUUCGUGGUGACCAACGCCCAGGACGCCGACCUCCAGUUUGACGGCCUCAUCGACACUUGGAGCUACGACUGGACCUUCCCUAAUGCUCUCCUCUUUACCGUCUCCAGCAUCGCCGUCAUUGGUUACGGCAACGUGGUGCCCAAGACCUUCAAUGGCCGCUCAACCUUCACCCUCUCUUGCCGGUUGUGUUGCCGGUGGUGUCGGGCCAGGAGAAGGUUCUCUGAGCUGAGGAAGGGCAAGACUCUUGAGAAACACGCCGUGUGGCGGGAGGACGUCGGCUACGAGCCCUACAUGCCUACUGGCAAGGUGGAGGUUCCCAUCAUGGUGAACCUGGUCAUGAUCACAGUGUACGUGCUGCUGUGCGGGCUGCUCUUCAGACAGUCGGAGGAAUGGGACAUGAUCUCGGCCGUCUACUUCACCUUCAUCACCCUCUCCACCAUCGGCUUCGGGGACCUGGUGCCCGGCAAGGCCUUCAGCAACUCCGGAAACCAGUUUGCCUCUGGCAUCAGAAUGUUGGCAACUGUUCUCGUCACACUCUUUGGAAUGGCACUACUGUCUAUGUGUAUCAACCUGAUGCAGGAGCAGAUGGUGAAGAAGAUUCAGUACAUGAUGACUGCCCUCGGCCUCAAGGAUGAGGAUAUUGACCCAAUGGAGAAGUACAAGUACAAGAAGAGUGAGAUGGGGACGGUGGUGGAGACCCACAAGGACAGGGAUGGUAAUAAGCGACUCAGUCUCAUGAACACUAAUGAGGGAGAAUCCACAGCCAGUAAACCUCCCACCUACUCCAACAUCAAGGAGGAGCUGGAGGAUGCUUAGUCUUCAACCAUUACCAGCAACCUUCCCACCUACUCCAACAUCAAGGAGGAACUGGAGGAACACCACCACUAACCUCUCCAACACCUGCCCCAAACGUUGUGUGUUACUGGACUUGUAAGAAUGAACGAACACCAAGAUUAUGAUCUCUCACAAACCCCAAUGUACUUAUUAUAAAUAAAUAAAUAAAUAAAUAAAACAAAGUGUAUUACAUAGUGUCCAAUGGUUGUGUUGUGUGGUUGUUCAACACCGAGUUUGUAUUUUCUGCUAUAGAGUGUAGUGAGGGAGAGAGCUGUAUGAUUGAUAUUAUUUGUAAAUUAUAAAUUGUUAUACACUCAAAAGAGUAUUUGGGUACAUUGUUUAUACUUAUAAUAUUUAAUGCAAUUAAUUAUAUAAAUUGACCUUCGCAAUCCUCAACAGGUAGUCAUCGUGAUGUAUAUUAACUAAAAUUAUAAUAUAUUGGAAGGCUAUGUUUAGUCCUUACGCAAGAUAAAUAUAUUUGCAAUUUUCUGGGAACAAAAUAAACAUACUCUAGUAUGUUAUUAUUAUAUGUAUACACAACUAGAACUUUGGUUUUCAUUCCCGAUGUGUACGAAAUGCUGUAGUUAUUACAAGUUCUUGGUUAUGUAUUAUCUGAAGUGAACAACACAGAACAACCAACUAUAUAAUUGUUUUGUGAAGAACAUUAAAUAAAGACACAAAAAAUGGAAA